GGAAUGUAGCCCAAAAUGACAUACUUGCAAUUUUUUUUUAUUAAUCGUGAAAUUACACUUGGGGAGCCGAGAUAUAAGCUAUAGGAUCCAAUUUAAGCGCCAAAGGUUACUACUAAUUAAUCACUCCCGCGAACUGCCAUGGCAGCUCUCUGUUCAUUAAUUCUUCUCUCAAGCUGCAGAGCCGAUUUCAACGGUGAAAUCUGCGUUUUUCCGAGAAAUCAGAGAGAGAACAAGAAAGUGAAAAAAUGUCACAGAAUAUUGCGAGAAAUAGAGAGAGAAAACAAUCAACUAUUCUCUUUCCACCAUCAUUUUCUAUUUCUCCGAAAUUCUCCGGCGACCGGAAAAGUUUAUCGGAACCAAAAAUGAGCGUAAUCGACAUUAUCUUUAGAGUAGAUUCAAUAUGCAAGAAGUACGACAAGUACGACGUCGAGAAGCAGCGUUCAGCUAAUGAUUCCUCUAGCGAUGCCUUCGCUCGCCUUUAUUCGUCUUUUGAAUCUCAAAUUGAUGCUACUUCUCAGAAAGCAGAAAUGGCUGCUAUGGAAACGAACAGAGCUAAAGCGGUGGCUAUGAAAGCGGAAGUACGACGAACCAAGGCUCGUUUAAUGGAUGGAAUACAAAAAUUGCAAAAGCUUGCUCAGAAAAAGGUUAAAGGACUAUCGCAAGAGGAACUGGAGACUCGUGGUGAUUUGGUGCUUAUGCUAUCAGAGAGAAUUCAGGCAAUACCUGAUGGGAGUACAGAUGCAGCCAAAAGAACAGGAGGUUUUGGGACUUCAUCAUUCAACAAAAAUAUUAAAUUUGACUCAGAUGGACAGUUCGACGAUGGUUUCUACCAGCAAACUGCAGAGACCACUCAUUUUAGAGAAGAGUAUGAGAUGCGGAAAAUGAAACAGGAUGAAGGGUUAGAUAUUAUUUCAGAAGGCCUGGACACACUGAAAAAUUUGGCUCAUGAUAUGAACAAGGAAUUGGAUAGGCAAGUUCCUUUGCUUGACGAAAUUGACACAAAGGUGGAUAAGGCAACCACCGAUAUCAAAAGCAAUAAUGUCAGACUCAAGGAAAACAUUAACAAGAUAAGGUCCAGCAAUAACUUCUUUAUCGAUAUAAUACUUAUCUGUAUCCUUCUAGGAAUUGUGGCCUACCUUUACAAUAUACUGAAGUAAAGUACUGGGAGCUUCAUUUGACCUUGAUUAAUCUCCCAGGGUAUGGUGUACGAUUCAUCUACUCCAGCACUUGCUAAUUCUGUAUUGUACUAGCCUCAGGAAAUCCUGAUUUAAGGAUGUAUAAUUUGCUACUUCUUCUUUUGUUCGUCUUUUUACGAAUAGAGAUGCUCUAAAUGUAAUCACCUGUGUAUAGAAGUCUAAGUCGUAACUGUGUUCUAUAUUCUUUUGUUACCCCCC